AUGGGUCUCGCGGGGCACAAGAACCGCACGAAACUCUCCCACGACCCGAACAACACAGCAUGGGCCAGAGAUACCAAAACCUUCGGCCGCAAGAUUCUUGCAAAGCAAGGAUGGAAAGACGGUGAUUACUUGGGUGCUGAGAACGCGAGCCAUGCCUCUCACUACACUGCCGCAAAUGCCUCGCACAUCCGCGUUAUGCUGCGCGAGGACAACCUUGGUCUGGGCGCAAAGAUUGCUGGCCAAAAUGCUGACACUUUCGGCUUGAGUAUGUUCUCGGGACUGCUGGGCCGCCUCAAUGGCAAGGACGAGGCGACGUUGAAGAAGCAGGAACAUUCCAUCAGAGAUGCUGAGCUCAGGAUGUAUGGAGACCGGAAGUUCGGCUUCAUGAACUUCGUCUCAGGUGGCCUGUUGGUGGGCGACAAGAUCGAGCCGCCGAAGAGCACCAAGAUUGAGCAUAUCAAGCCACACGUCGUGGCAGUCAAGGUUGAGACUGAUAAGAAGAGCAAGAAGCGCAAGGCCGACGAGGAGGAGACUGAGGGAGAGGAGAAUCACAAGAAGAGGGUGAAGUCGGAAAAGCGCAGUGCGAAGGAGAAGAGCAGCAAGUCAAAGGCCAAUCCACGUUCAAUUGAGGAGCUCUCCGCCAGCGACAUGCCCGUGGAAAAGCUGGACGACAGCUCGAGCUCAGAAUCCAGCGAGGAAGGUCAAGCCAAGUACGACAAGAAACAGCGCAAGGCACAACGCAAGGCGGAGAAGGAGGCAAAGCGAUCAGAACCUAAGGCUAGCCAUGAUGAGAAGUCCCGUCUCAAAGAGGAGAAGCGAGCACGCAAGGAGGAGCGUCGCAAGCGGAAAGAGGAGAAGCGCAGGCAACGGGCAGAGAAGGAAGCGUCGAGUGCGAAGACCUCAAGGCCAACAUCUGCCGUCAAAAGUGAAGCUGAGCCAUCUGGGGCUUCUAGGCCGACAUUUAUGGGAGGACGACAAGCAUUAAGGCAGCGGUACAUCAUGCAGAAGCGCAUGGCUUCUGCCAACGCUUCUGCGCUGAAGGAGAUUUUCAUGCUACAGCCACAAGCAGCAUCCUGA